UUAAGAUAUUUAGAAUAUUUAGCAAAGGUUUUGCACUUUCUGUUUCUUUUCCAUAGGAAUUAGCAAAGAAAAUCAAUCUGAUAACAUGAUUCUGAACUGGUUCUGGAGUACAAAUGGUUUGAACAUCUCUAAGGAAAAUCUCACCAAGCUAUUACAGAUAGCAACCAAAGACCAGCUGUUCCAGUUUAAUGGUAAUCUAUACGAACAAAAUGACGGUGUAGCUAUGGGUUCCCCACUUGGACCCCUUUUAGCUAAUACGUUCCUGUGCUAUGUCGAAGAGGAAUUAAACAACAAAAAUAAACUGCCAUCUUUUUACAAGCGUUAUGUUGAUGAUACCGUUGUCGUUAUUAAAGAUAUCUCAGAAGCACAAAAGUUAUUGACAACACUAAACAGCUGCCACCCUUCUAUUCAAUUCACCAUGGAGAUUGCUGAUAAUAACUCCCUACCUUUUCUUGGUAUGGUACUCAACAAAUGUGGAAAUAAGAUAGAAACAAGUGUUUACAGGAAACCCACAAACAAGGGCCUAUUGCUCCACUACCAGAGUCAUGUUGACGUUAGAUAUAAAAAAGCGCUGAUCAGAACAAUGCUACAUCGAGCUCACAAUCUUUCCUCUACAAAAGAAGCCUACGAAAAUGAAUGCGAAAAUAUAAGAAUGGUUUUCAGCAAGUUGAAUUACCCUAAUAAGAUGAUUGAGUCUGCUAUCACCUAUUUCAACAAGAAUCCACCUACCAGUAGAAGUGAGCAACCUGAAUCAGAUGCAUCAGAUAACACCAUUAGGAUAGUUUUGCCUUUUAUUGACCAAAAACCAGCCGACAUAGUCAAACGCCAACUUACUCAGCUCAACAAAAAACUGGACUCUAAUCUGGAAGCUAUUUUCGUAAGUCGUAAGCUCAAUGAUAUGCUUAAAAUGCAAGAACCAAAGCCUCCACUUGUCAGCCAACAACUCGUUAUUUACAAGUUUCAAUGUGGUUUGUGUGAUGCAAGCUAUGUUGGCUACACAGCACGUCACUUACACCAGCGAAUUGAUGAGCACCGUUACUCAACGAUUGGAAAACAUCGCUUCCUAGAACACGGUCUUAAGACUGUUCCACCUACAGACAGUUUUACUGUGAUUAAAAAAUGCACGAGCAAGUUUGAUUGCUUAAUAAAUGAGAUGUUUUAUAUAAGAUCACUUAAGCCAACACUCAAUGUACAAUCAGACUCCGUGCGCGCGAAACUAUUUGUUUAGAACAAUACUUUGUAUAUUUUAUCUUAUUGUUUUUCGCUAUUGUUUCAUGUGUAUAUAUAGCUCUUCAGUUGUAAUAAAUUCUAAAUUGCUUGAGAAUGGCAUCAGAGGAUGUCGAAACGUCGCAAAAAUGAAUCUAGUUGCGUUUGUCUUUUUGAUUAACUUUAUU